UUUUUAGAUCUCAAAACGAAACGAAAACGGCCACAAAACGAGAUCUCGUGAGAAUUUUGUCCCGUUUUCUCGUUUUCCGUUUUCAUUCUCCAUCGAAGCAGAAGAAGAAGAAGAAGAAGAAGAGGCCAUGGGGUGCUCCUUCUCCGGCCUCAACGCGAUCUAUGGAGCGGUGAACGGCGCCGGAGACGUCUGGAUCCGUGACAACCGCUUCCGGAUCGUCCGGCAGCUGGGUGAGGGCGGUGCUGCCUUCGUUUUCCUUGUCAAAGAGGUGCUCGCUGAUCCAUCGGCUGGUGGGCUUGCCAGGAAGAAGUCUAUUAACCCUUCUCAUCUCUCAGAUGAUGGAAUAUAUGCUAUGAAGAAAGUUCUCAUCCAAAAUGAGGACCAGUUGGAGCUAGUGAAACAGGAGAUCAGUGUUUCUUCUCUUUUUAGUCAUCCUAAUCUUCUUCCUCUUCUUGACCAUGAGAUCAUCGCAGUUAAGGGUGCGAAAGAAGGAUCAAAGAGUAAUGAAGCUUACUUGUUAUUCCCAGUUCAUUUAGAUGGAACUCUACUUGAUAAUUGUAAGGCUAUGCAAGCGAAAAAAGAGUUCUUUCCAACCAUUACUGUUCUUGAAAUAUUUCGACAGCUUUGUUCAGGACUCCAGCAUAUGCACAACUUUGAUCCACCAUAUGCUCAUAAUGAUGUCAAACCUGGUAAUGUCUUAAUAACCCAUAGAAAGGGGCAGCUGCCACUUGCUAUUUUAAUGGAUUUUGGAAGUGCUCGACCUGCAAGGAGAACAAUCAGCACUCACUCUGAGGCACUUCAGUUGCAGGAAUGGGCAGCUGAACACUGUUCUGCACCAUUUCGAGCUCCUGAAUUGUGGGAUUGUCCAAGCAAUGCAAGUAUUGAUGAGAGGACAGAUAUUUGGUCUCUGGGAUGUACCCUGUUUGCCAUUAUGUACGGUGCAUCGCCCUUUGAGUAUGCACUUGUUGAAUCAGAAGGAAAUCUAAAGGAGACAGUUAUGAAUGCACAGAUAAAAUGGCUUCCGGUGCCUGACCCAGCGUAUCCGGAAGCCCUGAAUCAGUUUGUGGUCUGGAUGCUGCAGCCUCAGCCGGCCGUUCGCCCUCAUAUCAAUGAUAUAGUCAUUCAUGUCGACAAGCUUAUAUCAAAGUGCGUAAAUUAAGCUAUAAAAGUCCAACACCUGCAGAAAUUCAAUCAAUGUUGCAGCAGAUCUAGUGGUUUUUAUUUUUGUUGUUCUCAUCAAGCAUUUCUUGUUCUUUUAUAGUUUUAUAUAUGUCGAUUAAUGUCAGUUGUAUUCUUUAUGUUAUAACUUAUAUAAGUGUAAGAGUUAUGGAAAAGGAGGAUAAUUAUUACCAAGGAAAAAUCAAAUUUAUUUUUAUCAGCA